AUGGUGGAAGUUGAGCAGCUGUUUUCCUUUCAGAUCUUUUUCAUCUUUCUGCGAGAAUCGCUGGAGAUCAUUGUCAUUGUGUCCAUUCUGCUCACGGUGGUCAAACAGGCUUUGUUGUCCAACGAGAAUGGCUCUCUCAAGGGAAGCAACAGCGGCGUCUCCAACGACACGGAAGAAACUGCCAGACUUACAAUAGAAGAAGAGGAAAUGCUGGAUGGAUCUAAUUCCGAGAGUUCUGGCUCUGGCACAGCCAACUCGGCCUUGGAAUUCAACAACCAACAGCUUUAUCGGAGAUUGAAAGUACAAAUUCUAUCGGGUGGUGCUUUGGGGCUUUUAUGCUGCUUUCUAAUGGGUGGGGCGUUCAUUGUGGCAUUUUACAUCAUAGGCACAGAUUUGUGGUCCGCAAGCGAACACUACUACGAAGGGGUAUUAAGCACAGUUGCGUCUGUUAUCAUUUCAGUAAUGGGUCUGUUCUUCCUGAGAAUGGGCAAAUUAAGGGAAAAGUUCAGAGUCAAACUAGCGGCCAUCAUCUACUCAGACCGCGCGAAGAUCUUGCAGGACAAUGGUCAGAAAGCGGUCAAAUUCACUGAGAAAUACGCUUUGUUCAUUUUGCCAUUCGUCACAGCGCUCAGAGAGGGACUGGAAGCGGUCGUUUUUGUGGGUGGUGUGGGUAUCGACCAGCCGCUGUCGUCGAUUCCAUUGUCCAUGUUAUCAGCAACAUUUGUGAGCUCCGUUUUUGGAUAUUUCUUCUUCAAGUCGUCUAAAUCUUUCUCUUUGCAAGUGAGCUUGGUCAUCACAACCUGUUUCCUGUAUUUGAUUGCUGCAGGUCUAUUCUCCAAAGGUGUGUGGCAGUUCGAGGUACAAAGAUAUGUCAACCUCUGUAAUGGGCAGGAUAUGAGUGAAGUGGGCAACGGUCCCGGAUCUUAUGAUAUCAGUCGGUCUAUUUGGCACGUAAACUGCUGUAAUGGAGAAAGAGACGGAUUGUGGAUGAUUUUCACCGCAAUUUUCGGGUGGACCAACAGCGCGACGUACAGCUCAGUGAUAGCGUACAACGUAUACUGGCUAACGAUCAUUGCUUCCAUUAAAACUCUGCUUAUCGAAGAAAAGCUCGGUUACAUUCCUUUCUUGCCGCUAAAAUUACAGAAGCGUCGCAUUCAAAAGAGAAUGCACGCUUCUAAGAAAGCAUUAGAAGUUCAGCAUCUUUCUCAAUUCGCAUCUUCAUCACCAUCAAUUCCCCAUUCUCUUCAGGGAAGAAGGUCAAAAGAUAGUCAAACCAGUUCUACACCACUUAUUCAGGACACCAUCGAUAGCGCAAUGACUUGA